AUGUACAUUUGGAAAAACUUAAGCUCUAUAAAUUUGUGUGUAAAUUAUUCCUCAAUAAAAUUUUCUUUAAAAAGUGCUUUCAUUGACAUUAUUCUGUUUGUUCUCCGCAACAGCCUGAGAGAGGAAUGCAGUGAAAAUUCUCCCCAUUUCAUGUUUCAGAAGCCCAACGUUCAGAUAAAAAAUUCUAUGAGUUGCCUGAGAUCUCACAACUGGGAUGAAAUUCAGCCUUUUACUCUUGUUCCAUUUUUUCUAUUACAUGUACUACUUAGUGGUUUCAGCUGCACCAUGAAACAGGGUAUAAGUUGGUUCUUUUAUAAAUAA